GUCCUGUCUUCCAAAGCGCAUGCGUACUGAGGGCCUUGAGGACCAGGCGCAUUUGGAAAACCUGUUAUCGUGUGUGUCUGCGUGUGUGUGUGUGCGCGUGCACGCGCGCGUGUGUGCCUGUGUUCAUUCCUGUUCGGUGCGCAUGCGCACUGUCAGGUUGCGGUGUGGUAGAGGGUAUUAAGGUAUAGGUCGUAGAACUGAUUUGCCAUCUUGGAAGCGAAAGAAGCUGGAGCUCGGAAACCAAAAGCCCUAGGCUUCUAGGCUCAGCUAUUAGCCUCUCAGAAAGAUGGAUAGAAGAAAUGACUAUGGUUAUCGGAUGCCCACAUUCCAGGGCCCUAUGCCUCCCCCUGGGAGCCUAGGGCUUCCUGUCUCUCCAGAUGUACAGACUGAGAGCACAGAAAAGGACAGUGUCCUGCUGAUGCAUACCCUGUUGUCGGCAACCAAGGACCCACCAAUUGCCAGCCGGCCUAAGAAAAGCAAGACCAAGAAGACUUCUAUUAAGGCUGCUACUAAGACCACACCUACUCCCCCUCCAGUCCCACCUGCCAAUGAUAUUGCUAACAACAAGCCUAAAGUAACUUUGCAGGCUUUAAACCUACCAAUGUUCACUCAGAUCAGCCAGGCUUCAGCUACUACUGAGGCAGCCAGUAAUGAGGCUUCAAUUACUGCUCAGACCAAGAAAGCCAAGACAAAGAGAGUGACUCCCAAGGCACCCCCAACUAGCAGUGAGGAUGUCAGUACACAGCUGAAGUCACCCAUACAGGCCCUAAACCUACCAGUUACCUCACCGAUUAUCCAGUCUCCAGUUGCCAAUGAGUCAGCCAAUUCCCUGGCCUUGAUAGCUGUCAGCAAACCCAAGAAAGCUUCUAAGGCAAAGAAAGCUGCCAAUAAGACUGUACCCAGUGCCACUGAAAUCUCACUGCCUUCGACUGCCACCCACACAGCCACUACCCAAGGCCAGGCUGCCAAGGAGACAGGUAGUAUUCAGGGCACAGCAGCCACUAUCCGAACCAAGAAAACUUCUAAAGCUAAAAGGACAACUGCUAAGACCACAAAUACUGACACUGAAUAUGUAGAGCCCUCAAAUGCCAUUGAGACAUCUAGCAGACAGAUUGAGACCUCAGCUGUAGUUCAAAGGCCCAAAAAGCCCAAGGGGAAGAAAGUUGCCAAUAAAGGCUCAAAUUCUGCUUCUGAGCUCUCUGAGGCUCCACCUGCCAUUCAAAUGGUAACAAACCAUGCCCUAUCUGUCACUGUACGGAUCAGGAGAGGGUCUAGGGCUCGAAAGGCUGCCACUAAGACUCGAGCAACUGAAAGCCAAGCUCAAAUCCCUGACCAAGGAGCUCAGGCCCAGAUGGCUACCUCUCAGGCCAGCAUAAGUGCCCUUGAGACUCAGGUGGCUGCUGCUGUCCAGGCCUUGGCAGAUGACUAUCUGGCUCAGUUGAGUUUAGAGCCCACAACCAGAACCCGGGGCAAGAGGAACCGGAAGUCUAAGCAUCCCAAUGGAGAAGAAAGAACUGGGAGUAAUUACAGGAGGAUUCCAUGGGGCCGGAGGCCUCCACCACCCCGAGAUGUGGCCAUUUUGCAGGAAAGGGCAAAUAAAUUGGUGAAAUACCUGUUGGUUAAGGACCAGACAAAGAUCCCUAUCAAGCGCUCAGACAUGCUGAAGGAUGUCAUCCAAGAAUAUGAUGAAUAUUUCCCAGAGAUCAUUGAACGAGCAAGCUAUGCUCUGGAGAAGAUGUUUCGAGUCAAUCUGAAGGAAAUUGAUAAGCAAAGUAGCCUGUAUAUUCUUAUCAGCACUCAGGAGUCCUCUGCAGGCAUACUGGGAACGACCAAGGACACACCUAAGCUGGGUCUCCUCAUGGUGAUUCUGAGUGUCAUUUUCAUGAAUGGCAACAAGGCCAGUGAGGCUGUCAUCUGGGAGGUGCUGCGCAAGUUGGGGCUGCGCCCUGGAGUAAGACAUUCACUUUUUGGAGAAGUGAGGAAACUCAUCACUGAUGAAUUCGUGAAGCAAAAAUAUCUGGAAUACAAGAGGGUCCCAAACAGCAGACCACCUGAAUAUGAAUUCUUCUGGGGCUUGAGGUCUUACCAUGAGACUAGCAAGAUGAAAGUCUUGAAAUUUGCAUGCAAGGUACAGAAGAAAGAUCCUAAAGACUGGGCUGCUCAGUACCGAGAGGCAGUGGAGAUGGACGUUCAGGCUGCAGCUGUGGCUGUGGCUGAGGCUGAGGCCAGGGCUGAGGCAAGAGCCCAAAUGGGGAUUGGAGAGGAAGCUGUGGCUGGGCCCUGGAAUUGGGAUGACAUGGAUAUUGACUGCCUAACAAGGGAAGAGUUGGGUGAUGAUGCGCAGGCCUGGAGCAGAUUUUCCUUUGAAAUUGAAUCCAGAGCCCAAGAAAAUGCCGAUCCUGCCACUAAUGUCAACUUCAACCAAGGAUCUAGUACCAGAAAUAACUUCAGUGACAGUGCCAGUAUUAGCUUUAAUGGUCUAACCAACCCCAGUGGUGGUUUUGGUGGCAUACCCAACUCCAAUGGUAGCUUUGGUGGUAGAAAUGGCAUCACCUUUGGUAGUGUACCUAACACCUCAGCCAACUUCAGCAGUGCAGCGAGCAUUAGCUUUGGUGACACACCUUACACUAGCAGUAGUUUCAGUGGUGGAGCCAGCAUUAGCUUCAGUGGCACACCCAGUACAAGUGCCACUUUCUGUAACACAGCCAGCAUUAGCUUUGGUGGUGCAUCAAGCACUAGCACGAGUUUCAACAGUGGAACAAGCAUUAGCUUUGGUGGUGCAGCCAGCACUAGCACUAGCUUCAGCAGCACAGCCAGCAUUAGCUUUGGUGGUGCUCCCAGCACUAGCACUAGCUUCAGCAGCACAGCCAGCAUUAGCUUUGGUGGUGCUCCCAGCAUCAGCACCAGUUUCAGUGGUGGAUCCAGUAUUAGCUUUGGUGGUGCUCCCACCACCAGUACCAGUUUCAGUGGUGGAGCCAGUGUUAAUUUUGGUGGUGCACCUUGUACCAGUGCCAGUUUCACUGGUGGAUCCAGCUGUGGCUUUGGAGGCACACUUAGCAGUACCACAGCUAGCUUUAGUGGUGCACUCAGCACAAGUACCAGCUUUGGCAGUGCACCCACCACAAGCACUGUCUUCAGUGGUGCAGUUAGUACCACCACUGGCUUUGGAGGCACACUUAGCACCAGUGUCUGCUUUGGUAGCUCUCCCUGCUCUGGUGCUGGCUUUGGAGGCACACUCAGUACCAGUAUCUGCUUUGGUGGUUUUCCUAGCACCAAUACUGGUUUUGGCGGUACACUCAGCACCAGUGUUUCUUUUGGUGCUUCUUCUAGCACCAGUUCUGACUUUGGCGGUACACUAAGCACUAGUGUGAGCUUUGGUGGCUCUUCUCGCACCAGUGUUGGCUUUGGCGGUACACUCAACAGCAGUACCGGCUUUGGUAGUGCCAAUAGCACCAGUGCUAGCUUUGGCAGUACACUCAACAGCAGUGCCAGCUUUGGUGGUGCCAUAAGUACUGGCUUUGGUGGUGCACUCAAUAGCAGUGCCAGCUUUGGUGGUGCCAUCAACACCAGCGCCAGCUUCGGUGGUGUACUCAAUAGCAGUGCUAGCUUUGGUGGUGCCAUUAGCACCAGUUCUGGCUUUGGCAGUUCACUCAGCACCAGUGCCAGCUUUGGUGGUAUACUCAACGGCGGUCCUAGCUUUGGUGGUGCCAUCAGCACCAGUGCCAGCUUUAGUGGUGCACUCAAUGGUAGCGCUGGCUUUGGUGGUGCCAUCAGUACCAGUGCCAGCUUUGCUGGUGCACUCAAUAACAGCGCCAGCUUUGGUGGUGCCAUCAGCACCAGUGCCAGCUUUGCUGGUGCGCUCAAUAACAGCGCCAGCUUUGGUGGUGCCAUCAGCACCAGUGCCAGCUUUGCUGGUGCACUCAAUAACAGCGCCGGCUUUGGCGGUGCCAUCAGCACCAGUGCCAGCUUUGCUGGUGCACUCAACAACAGUGCUGGCUUUGGCGGUGCCACCAGCACCAGUGCCAGCUUUGCUGGUGCGCUCAAUAACAAUGCUAGCUUUGGCGGUGCCAUCAGUACCAGUGCCAGCUUUGGUGGUGCGCUCAAUAACAGCGCUGGCUUCGGGGGUGCCAUCAGCACCAGUGCCAGCUUUGCUGGUGCUCUCAACAACAGCGCUGGCUUUGGCGGUGCCAUCAGUACCAGUGCCAGCUUUGGUGGUGCGCUCAGUAACAGUGCUGGCUUUGGUGGUGCCAUUAGUACCAGUGCCAGCUUUGGUGGUGUGCUCAGUAACAGUGCUGGCUUUGGUGGCGCUAUCAGCACCAGUGCCAGCUUUGGCGGUGCAAUAAGCACCAGCCCUGACUUUGGCGGUGCAUUCAGUACCAGUGUUGGCUUUGGUGGGACACUUAGUACCACUGACUUUGGUAGUACCCAUAGCAACAGCAUUAGCUUUGGCAGUGCUCCUACUACCAGCGUCACCUUUGGUAGUUCUCAAAGCACUAACCUCUGUUUUGGUGGAGCACCCAGCACCAGUCUCUGUUUUGGCAGUGCAUCUAACACUAACCUAUGCUUUGGCGGCUCUUCCAGCACCAACUCCUGCUUUAGUGGUGCUACCAGUGCCAAUUACAGUGAGGGGCACAGCACCAGUGCCAUUUUCAGUUUUGGGAAUGGGCUAAGUACCAGUGCUGGCUUUGGAAAUGGGUUGGGCACCAGUGCUGGCUUUGGAAGCAGCCUAGGUACCAACACUGGCUUUGGUGGAAGCUUAGGCCCCAGUGGUAACUUCAAUGGUGGCCUGGGUACUAGCACUGGCUUUGGCAGUGGUCUAGGCACCAGCACUGAUUUUGGUGGUGGACUAAGUCCUAAUGCUGACUUCUGUGGGGGACUGGGUACCAGUGCUGGCUUUGAUGGUGGACUAAGCACUAGCACUGAUUUUGGUGGUGGACUGGGCACUAGCACUGGCUUUGGUGAUGGACUGGGCAGCAGCACUGGCUUUGGUGGUGGACUGGUCACUAGUGAUGGCUUUGCUGGUGACCUGGGUACCAACACAGGUUUUGGCGGCACACUCAGCACUGGUGCAGGCUUUAGUGUAAGCCUCAGCACUGGCAAUGGCUUUGGCAGUGGGCCUAAUCCCAGCUUCGACAGAGGACUGAAUACCAUCAUUGGCUUUGGCAGUGAUUCCAACACCAGCAGUGGCUUUACUGGUGAACCCAUCACCAGCUCCAGCUUCAGUAAUGGACCCAGUUCUAUUGUUGGCUUUAGUGGUGGACCAGGCACUGGUGCUGGCUUCUGCAGUGGACCAAGCACUGGUGGCUUUGGUGGUGGACCAAGUUCAGGAGCUGGCUUCGGUGGACCAAGCACUGGAGCUGGCUUCGGAGGACCAAGUACUGCAGCUGGCUUCGGUGGUGGAAUGAGCACUAAUGCUGGAUUCAAUGGUGGACCAAGCACCGGUUCUGGCUUUGGUGGUGGAGCCAGUAGCCUUGGUACCUGUGGCUUCUCUUACGGCUAGUGAAGUUUCAGGUCUGUUCCCCAUGUUUACAGAUAAAGCUAAAUGCAGCAGUACUUCCCAUGGAGCCAUGUGCAGCUUUGGAAUCAUUGUCCACACAGCAGUCUAAGCAGCUACUACCCAUCAGCUGAAUGGAAAAAAAAAUUCUGCUGUUCCUGCUUUGUGUUUGCUUCUUGUGGUGUUGUCAUAUUUUGGUAUCAGAGUUACAUUAAAUUUGCCAAAGCAACGUGA